GACCAGUUUGACAACUUAGAGAAACACACGCAAUGGGGUAUUGAUGUUCUGGAAAAAUACAUCAAGUUUGUAAAAGAAAGAACAGAGAUUGAACUCAGCUAUGCAAAGCAACUUAGGAAUCUUUCAAAGAAAUACCAACCCAAAAAGAACUCCAAAGAAGAGGAAGAAUACAGGUACACAUCAACUAGAGCCUUCCUAGCCACUUUAAAUGAAAUGAAUGACUAUGCCGGACAGCAUGAGGUCAUUUCAGAGAACAUGACCUCUCUUAUCACUGGAGAGUUAACACGCUAUGUGCAGGAGCUGAAACAAGAGAGGAAAUCGCACUUCCAUGAUGGCAGAAAGGCACAACAACAUAUUGAAACUUGCUGGAAACAACUUGAAGCAAGUAAAAGGCGGUUUGAACGUGAUUGCAAAGAAGCUGAUCGAGCACAGCAGUAUUUUGAGAAAAUGGAUGCUGACAUCAAUGUUACGAAAGCAGAUGUUGAAAAGGCAAGACAGCAAGCCCAGCUGCGUCAUCAAAUGGCAGAAGACAGCAAAGCGGAAUAUUCUUCCACUCUGCAGAAGUUCAACAGUGAGCAACAUGAUCAUUACUACACACACAUACCAAACAUCUUCCAGAAAAUUCAAGAGAUGGAGGAAAGAAGAAUUGUGAGGAUAGGUGAAUCCAUGAAAACUUUUGCAGAGGUUGACCGCCAAGUGAUCCCCAUCAUUGGAAAAUGUCUGGAUGAAAUAACAAAGGCUGCAGAAUCAACUGAUCACAAGAAUGAUUCACAGCUGGUAAUAGAAGCCUUUAAAUCGGGGUUCGAGCCUCCAGGAGAUGUCGACUUUGAGGACUUCACGCAGCCAAUGAAGCGGACUAUCUCGGAAUCCAGCCUUUCCAACUCCAGAGGGGAUGGGAAGUCUGAGCCGAAGUUUGGUGGCAAAUCCAAGGGCAAGUUAUGGCCGUUCAUCAAGAAAAAUAAGCUUAUGUCCCUUUUAACAUCCCCCCAUCAGCCCCCUCCUCCUCCCCCUGCCUCUGCCUCACCCUCUGCUGUUCCCAACGGCCCCCAGUCUCCCAAGCAGCAAAAGGAACCCCUCUCCCAUCGCUUCAACGAGUUCAUGACCUCCAAACCCAAAAUCCACUGCUUCAGGAGCCUAAAGCGCGGGCAGACACAGUCUUUGUAUAUUCACAAAGAACUCAUGAAGAGGACUUUAGGGACACCCACGUGUGCCGUUGAGGCUAGGGAAUAUGUUCUUUCUCUCAAGCUGGGAGCAGGUCCAGAAGACUUCAGCAAUCUCCCACCUGAGCAAAGAAGAAAGAAACUUCAGCAAAAAGUUGAUGAACUAAACAAAGAUAUUCAGAAGGAGAUGGAUCAAAGAGAUGCCUUAACGAAAAUGAAAGAUGUGUAUAUCAAGAACCCACAGAUGGGAGAUGCAGCGAGUGUGGACCACAGAUUAGCAGAGCUUGGACAGAACAUUGAAAAGUUACGAUUAGAAGUUCAAAAGUUUGAGGGCUGGCUGGCUGAGGUGGAGGGCAGGUUGCCCACGCGGACUGAACAGGCGCGGCGGCAGAGCGGACUGUACGAAGCCCAGAACACUGCAGCAGUGAACAGCUGUGCACAGGACCGGGAGAGCCCAGAUGGCAGUUACACAGAAGAGCAAAGUCAGGAGACUGAGAUGAAAGUACCGGCAACAGAUUUUGACGAUGAAUUUGAUGAUGAAGAACCACUACCCACCAUAGGAACAUGUAAAGCGCUCUAUACAUUUGAAGGUCAGAAUGAAGGAACAAUUUCUGUAGCAGAAGGAGAAAUGCUGUAUGUAAUAGAAGAAGACAAAGGUGAUGGGUGGACACGAAUCCGAAGGAAUGAAGAUGAGGAGGGUUAUGUCCCUACAUCAUAUGUUGAAGUCUAUUUGGACAAAAAUGCCAAAGAUUCCUAAAGGUGUUUGUGCUGGUGCAAGAACCUCGGGGCGAGCUUGUCGCAGAAGGAGAAACAAAAUGGUCUGUUUACCCUGCAGGCAGUUAAAACACACCCACGGAAAGCCAGACUCCCAGUCUUGUCUGGAGUUCCCACUUGAAAAAUUCAGACCUAAAUUCCAUCCCAGUACCAUUCAGAUGCUUGCUCUUUUUCAUGGCAUGCUACCUGUGGCUCAGAUUAACUUAUCAGCCUUUCCCACUCCGCUGCCAGCUUGGCACAGCCCCUCUGUAAACGUAACCAACACUUUCCCCCCACCCAAUUCCUUCCAACACCGGUCAAAGAACUGCUGGCUGCCCUUUGAUGCAAAGGGUAACCAGAGUGUCCCAAGCAUGUACUGGUCUGUCUUCUGUCCUCCCUUGUCCCGCAGUCCAUCUGAAUGUAUGCACUGCUCCAUCCGCAUUUCACACGGUGCCUUUAGUGCUAAUCCUGCAGGUGGUCUCAUCGAAGGGAGGUACGUACACGUGGAAAGCCUCCCCUGGGAACAGUGUUACAGCAGCUGGACUGGGCUCUGAAUCUGCAGAUAUUAAAUUUGAUACACAUGCAUUAUGCAAUAUUCUGCUUUCCCCAAAAGGUCACUAAUACUUGUCAGCCUUUAUUUUUUUUUAAAUCUAGGCUGAUGCUCA